AUUCUUGAUGUUUGGGACUCAUGUCUCCAGUAAUUAGUGAAGUCCUUCUUUCUGGUUUUACCAUUAAUUCAACCCUUCGUCGUGGAACUCACUUAGUUCAAUCAUUCUCUGUUGCCUUCCUCUACUGGUUCUACGUGUUCUCAUGAAUAUACCUUCCGUUUUAGUUUCUUCUC